AGGAGAGGAAGAAGAGAGGAGCUGAGUUGGAUUAGGAGGAGGAAGAGGAGGCGAUGGAGCAGAGUUUAAUUCGCUUCAGUCACUGUGAGAAGGAGAUCUUCUGCUUCUCGGUUCCUGAGGAGUGUCCAAGCUGUGGCGAGGAGCUAAGGGGAAGCAGACUGCAGGAGGCGCCGGUCAGCCUGCCAUCCCCCUUCACCGACGGACACAAGACUUCCUGCUGCCUGCUGGUCGCACCUGCACACAAUAACCUCAACAGAGACUUUGAUGGGAUGUCAGAUCUGCACACGGGCAUCUCCAACACCAAAGGUGUGGUGUAUAACUACACUCAGGACGGAGUGCGCAGAGAUCAGAGCGGGUGGGAGCGCUGCGUCAGCGUCCCCCUGGUCCGACCUGACAUGUUCCAUCUGCUGGCUCAGUGGGACCAGUACCUAGACCGCUUUUGCAAUGGGCCCAUGUGGGACCCAGCCUGGCACAGGUUCCAUGAGGAGAAGCACAACUGCUUCAGCUUCUGUUUGCACUUUGUGAAUGGCGUCCUGGAGGUGGAGGGUCGCAGCUCUCUGAGCAGAGAUGACUUCACCCGCAGCUUCAUCCUGCCGAAGAUGAGGAGGGUGUCCAAAUACACCACGCUGCUCCAGCACAUCCAGAAACACCAAUACUACAUGGUGGACAGACAGCAGGACGCAGCAUCCACCAGUUAAACCAGCUUGUCUGUUACCAUGGAAAACGCUCCAUCACACUGAAUUUUAUAUAUGAAAAGUUUUUAAAGAACCCAGCCGACGUUUCCAUGGGAACGGGGAGCCUGCCAGACCAACAUCCAUUGUAACAACGCCCCUGUUUGACUGGUUUCAAUGGCAACUCUGGUCUACACAGGAAACAGGACAUGCAGUUCAGCUUGUAGUAAGAAUAGACUGAAACACUUUCAGCUCUUCAUCCUCAUCACAGUGAUGAAGCUCGUCUUUGAUCUGAAAGUCCAGCAGCUCCAUGUGUGCAUGUGUUCCUGUGACCACAUAUAAACAGUUUCAGAGACAGUUGGACUUUUUGCUCUGGGAAAAGGAAGGACCUGAAACUUCUGAGAAAUAAUAGUGAGAGUGAAACAUCUUGUCUUUUGUUCUCAUUAAAUAAAUAAAUAAAUAAAUAAAUAGAAAUCAUUCAUCUGAAGAAAAUAACAAAAACUGUAAACAUGUUUUUGUUUUGUUCUUUUAGACUGAUGAUUAUGUGUGAGCUCCAAGAGACGAUAAAACACAGAAAAACAGAACUGACAGAGAACAAGAGAUGAAACUGUGGAACGUGUUUCAUUAAACGGAUAAAAAAAAGAGAGAAGACAAACUGAAAACUUAA